AUGAGAGGCGACAAUUAUGUCGAAUUUUUAACCGAAAACUUGCCGGAUGUAUUAGAGGAUUUACCAUUACAUGUUCGUGAAACAAUGUGGUUUCAACAUGAUGGAGCACCACCCCAUAGUAGUAGACGUGCAAAACAGUAUCUCGACAUAACUUUUCCAAAUUCUUGGAUUGGCCGAGGUGGUCCUGUUGUAUGGCCCGCAAGAUCGUCUAAUUUCAACCCACUUGAUUAUUUCUUGUGGGGUCAUUUAAAAAACCUUAUUUACCAAAAUCCUGUGGAAUCACUAGAAGAUUUAGAAAAACAACUUUAUAAUGCAAUAGCAACCAUUACAUCAAAAAUGGUCCAACGUGCGCAAGACAACCUUUUACGCAGAGCAAAUAUGUGUAUACAAAUGGAUGGUCUGCAUUUUGAGCAUAUGCUUUAA